AUGAGGCCGUCCGUGUCUUUCUCCGUCACCUACGUGUUGUGUCUGUGUUUGGGCCUGCUCUGUCUGCUCUCUGUGAGCUGCUGGAGCUCGUGGUGGAGAGGCGGUUUCUCCCGGGACGGUUCGGCUCUGCAGUUCAACUGGCACCCUGUCCUCAUGGCGUCCGGGCUGGUGGUUCUGUGCGGACACGCGGUCCUCGUCUAUCGUGUGCCGCUCACCUGGAAGCAGAAGAAGCACACCUGGAAGCUGCUGCAUGCUGGACUGAUGCUUCUGGCUCUGCUUGUGUCCGUCCUGGGUCACAUCCCUGACCUGUACUCUCUGCACAGCUGGGUGGGCAUCUGCACUGUGCUGAUGUUUACAGUCCAGUUGGUCCUUGGUCUGGCCGGCUUCUUGCUUCCUUGCUCUCCGCUUUGGCUCCGUAGCACCCUGAAACCUGUUCAUGUUUGGAUGGGAAAAGCAAUCUUGAUCCUCAGUCUGACCUCCUGCGUCAGCGGUAUCAAUGAGAAACUGUUCUUCGCUCUGAACGGAAGCAGCGGCGAACCGUACAACUCACUGCCGGCGGAGUUCGCAAAUUCCCUCUGCGUCCUCAUCGUGGCCUUUGGCUCGGUCGUCUUUGGCGUCCUGUCCAGAAGCAAAUGGCAGCGGCCGGAGACAGACGGUGAAAGUGAUCAUCUGCUCAGUGAGAUCGGCACGUGA